CACGUUUAAUGAUGCAGCAGUUGACCGCUAACAGUGAAAAACUGCACGCGUUGUAAAUAGUUAGUUCGAUAAAUUUCCUUUGGUUUUAGUAAAUAAAGAAAGUGAUGUAAUUUAUUGUAUGUUUUAAACGAAUAGAUUUAAUAUGAUUUAAAAGUUGUGGUUUUUUAGUCACGUAGCACACAUUUCGUUACGACACAAUGUAAGUACCUACACAAAAUGUUAGUAUUAUUUAAGUGCAACUGUUUACGGACUUUAGGAGGAGGGGCCAUGAUAUCGCAUAGAGGAGGAACGUGCGAAAGAAAAAGAUACGCCAGAAUACUGUGGGUGUUUUGUAAAUCGUCGUUAUGUAGAAUAUACUGUUAAUUAGGUCACUGUUAUAGGUAGGAAAUUGGAAAGAUAAAAUAUAUAGGGUAGAAAACUUAAUUUAUAUCUGUGCGUAAUGCAUAAUCAUUGCUAUCGAACAAUUAUUCUGAACAAAUUACUGUGAUAUAAGUUUUGAAAUUCCGUAAUUUUUAACAAUUUUCGUAUAUAUGUAUUUGAUUUUAAAAUUCAUAUAAAAAAUAAAAAAUCUACCGAAUUAUGAUCAAAUUUUAUUUUACCACUAACUACAACUUAUUACGUGCUUUGUGUUAAAUUUUUAAGUAUUUCUAUAUGGUCAAACAAUUUGAUCCACAAAUCCUAGUAUAGAGAUUGUUAGAGUGCUUUUUCAUUGUUGUGCUACGUUUGUAGUACCAGAUUUACGUGGGUUUGUUAUUCCAUUAUACAUUUUCUCCCAACUGUGCAAAUAACUUAAAAGUUACUCAAAAAAUAACCUUUAUAGUGUACCAACUCGAUAAAAUUUACUACAAAAAAGACCUGUUGAUUUUUGAUUAAAGCAAUAUAUUGUCAUUGUUUUAACAGUAAUAUUUAUAGUAAAUAUCUCAAUUAGAUAAUAUUUUAAAAACAAAUUCAAGAAAUACAUUUUGUAUGAAUUUUAUUAAUUUUUGGGAAAUUUAAGGUAAUUAUUUUUUUUUAGUCACAUUAAAUUCAGUAUUUGUAAGCAAAUUGCAAAAUGUAGUAAAUUUUAUAAAAUUAAUUUUUGUAGACAUAACCAUUAUGCUCACAAAAAAAAAAAAAAAAAACAUAUUAUUAAUAUUAUUUCAUGAAUUUUAGAUUAAAAGCACUUUAUUUAAAUGAAUGAUUAACUAAAUAACUCAACUAAUACCUAUUGUGAUACUACCAUUUAUUUGUUUUAUUUAAACCAUGAAGUGCGAUUUUAGUAAGUGUGAAGAACAACCAAACACACACAUAUCGCUUCUUCAAUAUUAAUAACAAUAUUUUUUUUUAAAAUUUAAAAGAAUAAGCCUAUGAAGUUAUUCUUCUAAGUCGUACCCAUCGUUGAAAAUAAUAGUACUGUUUUGUAAGCCAAAAAUACAUUUGGGAUUCUGCAAUUCAAACACUAAAUCAAAGCUUAAUAAUAAUUUUAAAAUACUAGAUACAGUUCAAUUUCAGAUUCAUUCUUUAGUAAUGCGCCUGAGUUAAAUCUGAUCGUUCUUUCAUUGAUAAUACUUGUGUCACGAUGAUUGACCGGAAAUUAAUUUUAAUCAUGCAAAAAUACAACACUAGUUCUAAACACUUUGUGUUCAUUUUUUAAAUUUUCUUAUAAUAUCGAUUCUGCAAUAAAACUAAAGCAGUUUUUUGGUAACUCUUGCUCGGGAUCUAUUUAAAAAUUAAUUAAACGCUCGGAUGACAAUAAAGAUAAAUCUUACAAAAUAUCUUGAUAAUCACUGUGUGGUACAAAACAUAAUUAACGUGAAAUGGUUGUUUGUAAAACAUUUUUAAAAAAUAAAGUCCAGGGAGCAUUCCCUUUGUGCCCCUCCUCGGAACACGUUAGUACCCGUGUAUUUGAUGAAAAUAUUAAAAAGAUUAAAAGUCGAAUUUUGUGUAUUAUUCGGUAUCCAAAGUGUCCAAAUAAAAGUAUUUUGAAAAAAAACAUUACCUAUAUAAAACGUUAAAACAGUUAAUCGUCAAAUUAGUUACAGUGCUUGCGUAAAAUCUUAAAAACGUUUUAAUUCAAUAUUGUUAUUAAAAUCGUCAUUAUUACCAUAAUGAUAAAGUUAUUAUUAUUUUUUUUUUUUUUUACAGAUAUAUUAUAACAUGCACAUUUUUAUUCUCGGAAUAUGUAUGCAAGUUGCUAGUACGUUUUCUUUAAAUAUUUUCGAAAAUUUAGGACAGGUAUACCGCAAAAAUUUGAUUCAUUUCCGUGAAGACGCUCAGUUCGGCAACAAACCGUUAUUGGACAAGUAUGAUUUCAUAGUAGUCGGGGCUGGGGCGGCGGGAGCGACGGUAGCUCGAAGGUUGGCCGAAGUGCCGGAAUGGAAUAUACUACUACUGGAGGCCGGCGGUGAAGAAUCCUUGAUAACUUCGAUUCCGGCCAUUGCGCACUAUUUACAAUUCACCGAUUACAAUUGGGGGUACCACACGGAAAAAGAACCGUACUCAUGUAAAGGGCAUACGCGUAAGGUUUGCCCUUGGCCGGCGGGUAAAGGACUGGGAGGCAGUACGAUAAUCAAUAACAACAUUUACACGAGGGGCAAUUCGAGAGACUUUGAUCGGUGGGCCGAGGCCGGCAAUCCGGGAUGGUCUUACGAGGACGUGCUGCCGUAUUUCUUGAAAAACGAAGACAUAAAAGUACCCGAACUGGAGCAAUCUCCUUAUCACGGCGUAGGAGGGCCGUUGUCAAUANGCAGUCACGUAGUGUUUUCGAGAAUUCAAAGUACGACGUCCAACGGUAGACGGGUUACGUCUGCGGCGGCUUACCUACGAGAAAAUUUAGAUAAUUUGCACAUAGUCGAAUUCGGAUACGUAACAAAAAUACUUAUAGACGAGAACACGAAAACCGCGUACGGCGUGGAGUUCACUAAAAAUAAAAGAAAACGGAAAAUAUUAGCCAAAAGGGAAGUAAUAAUAUCAGCGGGUUCGUUCAAUUCGGCUAAAUUGUUGAUGCUUUCCGGAAUCGGUCCUAAAGAACAUCUGGAGCCAUUGGGGAUAAAAACUAUAAACGAUUUGCGGGUAGGUGACAACUUACAAGAACAUCCAGGGUUUAUCGGGUUUGGAUUCGUCACCAACGAAACGAUAUCAUUUAAAAUGGAUAGAAUUAUCCGCAAUAUUUUUGAGGAAUUGUUAAAAACGCUCGAAGGGGAAAGUUGGUUAUCAGUAUUACCCAUCGAAGGCGUUGGUUACGUGAAAACCAAAUACAACACUGAUGAAGGAGAUUUGCCGGACAUCGAAUAUAUAUUUCUACCGGCUAGCUUGACGGCGGAACAUGGUUUAGGCGCUCAUAUGUUACGGAGAACGUUAGAGAUACCAGACAAAAUAUACAAUGACGUGUUUAAGGGUACCUUUAUGAACGACUCGUGGUCGAUUUGGCCCAUGUUGAUGUAUCCAGAGAGCAGGGGUCAGGUACGGUUUUUUUUUCUGUGUAUCAAUCAACUUACGGUAUAGAUGUUUCUUUACAUUUUUAUUAUUUGAUCGACUUUUAGAUCCGGCUUCGCAGUGCCAACCCGUUUGACAAACCAGUUAUCCACUCGAAUUUUUUCGCAAAUCCCAAGGACCUGAUGCGUAUAGUGGAGGGUAUAAAGAUGAUCAUCGAGCUCAGCAAAACGAAGGCUUUUCAAAGGUAUGGAUCCAGAUUGCAGCACAUGCCAAUGGCCGACUGUAAGCAUUUGGAAUUUGGUACCGACCAAUACUGGGCGUGUUGUGUUGAAACGAUUACCAUGCAGUUUCAUCAUCAGUGCGGAACUUGCAAAAUGGGUCCAGAAUGGGAUCGGAACGCUGUAGUGAAUCCCCAGUUAAUGGUUUACGGGGUGAACAGACUGAGAGUGAUCGAUUGCUCAAUCAUGCCCACAAUAACAGGGGGCCAUACCGUCGCGCCGGCCUAUAUGAUUGGCGAAAAGGGAGCAGAUCUAAUAAAGUCUUCUUGGUUAAAUACAUAGUAGUUCUAAUGGUCUUUUUUAAAGAUUAAAAAACUGAAUGUGUAAGGACUAAAUGUGUCAUCGGUUUGUGUUUCGUAUAAACGUGAUUUAUCUAUCUAUAUAUCUACCGAAAAAUCAUUCAGUUAUAAAUUAAAAAUUUUAGGCUAAAGGAUUAUUUAUUACCCAUUAUGUAAUUAAUAGGAAUUGUGUUUGCAUUUAUUCCAUGUCUUCAUGAAAAUUAUGUUAGUUUUAUAAAUACAUUAGCUGUAUUAUACUACUUCACCCGUGCGAACGUAUUGAAUAUUUUCGUGUGAAAAACAGCGCGUUUUGUAAAUACUCGUUCGUAAAAGUAAUCAUUAAAAACUGUAUAGUUUUAUAUAAUUUUGUAUUAUAAUUGUAUAGCUGUUAUCCGUACUUUGUGUUUUCACUCUUUUAGAUUUUUUGAGCGAAGCAAGGAAUAUAUUGGUUAUACAAUGAUGUUUAUUUUGUAUAUAAAAAUCUUGCUCAGAUUUAUCAAGCGUAGCACCUUUCCGAAAGGAAAUUUCAUUUAGUUUGUACCUUAAGGGGGUCAUUUUUUGAUUUUCCAAGCGGUUUUCAUAAUUGUGAAGAAACGGAAAAAUGUAUGAAAAUAAUAGUUUAUUAUUUUAAAAAUGAAAACAACCGGUCUGGUACAAAUUUGUAUAUGCCGAAUUUAAUAAAAAUAUAAAAUUAUUUACUUAAAAUAUAUUUAUUAUAAUUUUUAUACCUGCCUAUAUUUACUAUGACCGUGGUUAUAGUGUAUAAAGUUAUAACAAUUUACCUCAAAGACUUCCAUCAGAAGCGUGAUCAAAAAAACCCUUUCACGAACCCUGCAUGUCACGGUUCCAGGACUAUUAGCUGUAGACUAUUCGUAAGUAAUAAUAAGUAAUAAUAAGUAAUAAUUAAGUGAUAAGUAAUAAUAAAGUAAUAAUAAUUUUGUUUGCAUUUUGACCAU